GACGGGUGCGCUCCGUGUCACGCGCGGACGCGACCGACGGCGACCGGUGCGCUGCGACCUCCUGCGGCCGCUGUGGCGCGGCGGCGGCGGCGGCGCGACCCACGCACAGCGCUCCCGUGAGCCAAAGCGACCUCGGGCGGGCUGGCCGGGCGCGGCGCCGUCGGCGGCGGGCCGCGGGCACCCACCAUGGAAGUGACGCCGUUCACGCACCUGGAGCCGCUGGCCUCGCUGGCCGAGCCCGAGGACCUGUCGGGCACCGAGAGCGCCGCCGAGCCGCUGCAGCCCGACACCAACCACGUGGGCACGACCAAAGCGUCGGCGGCGGCGGCGGACGAGGAGGCCGGCGCCGAGGCCGAGGAGCGCCUGCUCUUCGGCUGGGGCCGCUGCACGCCGCCGGCGCUGCAGCGGCUCGUCAGCCAGCGCACCUUCCUGGUCGUGUUCGUGGUGACGUGCGUGCUGCAGGGCAUGUACUACACGUACGUGGUAAGCGUCAUCACCACCAUCGAGAAGCUGUUCCAGUUCCAGUCGAAGACGACCGGCAUCGUGUUCAGCGCCACCGAGAUCGGUCAGAUCAGCGGUGCGCUGCUGCUCACCUACUACGGCGGCCAGGGACACCGGCCGCGCUGGAUCGGCUGCGGCAUCACCCUCUUCGCCUUCUGCACGUUCAUGUGUUCGCUGCCGCACUUCAUGUACAGCGAGCGGCUGUCGACGCUCGACCUCAUCCAGGUGGACGUGGGCGACGAGGAGCGGCGCACGCUCUGCCGACAGCUGCCGGUCGUCGCGGCCGGCAACGUGUCUGAGCGCGUGCUGUUCCCGGGCGAGCUGAACGGCACGGUGUGGCGCGUAACGGACGCCGGCGCCGUCGAGACGGAGCCGCCCAGCGAGGGGAUGCGCUGCGAGGACGACGUCCAGCUGACCACCCACGCCGAGAUCAGGCCAGUGGUGCUGGCCAUCUUCUUCGUCUGCCUGAUCGGCGUCGGCGUCGGCCAGACGAUGGCCUUCAACUUGGGCAUCCCCUACAUGGACGACAACGUCAGCAGCAAGGAGUCGCCCAUGUACUUCGCGUUCAUCAUCGGCAUGCGCAUCUUCGGGCCGGUGUUCGGGUUCGUGCUGGGCUCGCUGUGCACGUCCAUCUACGUGUACCCGACGCAGCAGCCUAACAUCACCACGCGCGACCCGCGCUGGGUCGGCGCCUGGUGGCUCGGCAUGUUCAUAAUUUCUGGCAUGCUGGCACUGAACGCCAUCAUCAUGUUCGGGUUCCCGCGGCGCCUGCCACGGCCCGGCCCGUCGGCCGACCGGCCAGCCAGCCCGGUCAGCCCGGCGCACGCCGCGCCCGCCCGCAACCCCAGCCUCAGAGAGUUCCCGAGAGCCGUCAAGCACCUGCUACAGAACGACGUGCUCAUGUUCCGCACGGCCUCCAACGUGCUGCACGUGCUGCCCAUCGCCGGCCUCUACACCUUCCUGCCCAAGUAUUUGGAGACGCAGUUCCGGCUGACGGCCAACGCUGCCAACAUCAUGGCAGGCCUGGGCGGCAUCCUGGUGAUGUUCCUGGGCAUCCUGGGCAGCGGCUUCUACAUCCGGCGGUACCAGCCGUCGGCGCGCUUCAUCACCGGCUGGAUCGCCAUCUCGGCGCUGCUCUACUCGGCCGGCAUGGCAAUCCUGAUGUUCGUGGGAUGCCACCAGGAUGACUUCGUUGGCCUCCAACAGGGGUACGGCGCGGCCAUGGUCAACACUACGUGCUCGUCCCACUGCGCCUGCCCGUCGGACGAGUACGCGCCAGUGUGUGGCGCUGACGGCUUCACCUACCUGUCGCCGUGUCUGGCCGGCUGCACGGAGACGGCGGCCGGGCCUGGCGCCCAGCAAACGUAUCAGAACUGUAGCUGCAUAGACGAGGUCAACACGGGGGCCACCAUUGGCUACUGCCCCCUCGACUGUGAUAACUUCUUCUGGUUCAUCCCGAUCUUUUGUGUGUUCGUGCUGAUUCACUCGACGUCGGAGGUGGGCGCCAUCCUCGUGACGCUGCGCUGCGUCGACCCGCACGAGAAGGCCCUGGCGCUCGGGUUCAUAGCCGUCGCCAUCGGCCUGUUCGGUAACGUGCCGUGUCCCAUCAUUUACGGCGCCGUGGUGGACUCAGCCUGCCUGCUCUGGCAGACCAACUGCGACCAGCAGGGCGCCUGUCGGCUCUACGACACCGAACGGUUCCGUCUGCUGUUUUUCGGCAUCACUUCAGCGGUUAUGUUCGCGGCAUUUCUGGUCGACUGCGUCGUCUGGUACAAGGCCGGCAAAAUCAACGCGUCGUCGCCGGCCGACCUGCACCAGAAGUCGCCGGCCCACACCCGCUCCCCGGGCGAGGUCGCGGGCCAACCCGAGGCCGUGCCCCUCAAGCACGGCCCCUGACGGGGUGUCAGAGACCGUACGCCACGGGUCGCCGAGACCUGCCGACAGUGGGUCCCCGCGCGGAAGUGGUCACCGGCAGGACAGCGUCGCCUGAACGGGGCAGCUGUGUCAGAGACUGCACCCCGGCGCCACGGCAGGGCGGGCGGGGCUGCGCCCGCUGCAUCUGAUGGCGGGCCGGGUACACGGUCCGCCGCGGCUGUGCCGGAGGCUGUACCCGUCGCCGAAGUCGCGUACGUAGCCGUACCGCCCCGCUGCGGUUAGUCCGUCUUACGCGCGGCCGUCUUGACUCACCGAUAGACCAAC